AUGGUCAAGUUCAGUAAAGAAAUACUCGAAAGGCUCUUACUCGACAGUAACAAGAUUCGUAACAUUAGUAUAAUUGCUCACGUUGAUCAUGGUAAAUCAACACUCACUGAUCAAUUGGCUUUAGCAGCUGGUUUAGUGGAUGAAGAUGCUGCAGGUGAGAAGAGAGUUUGUGACGUAGAUAAGAAUGAAAUUGAAAAGGGUAUUACCAUUAAAUCAACAAGUUUGAGUAUGGUAUUGGAAAAUCCAGACAAGGAGAAUGAUCAUCAUUUGGUUAAUUUGAUCGAUUGUCCAGGUCACAUUGAUUUCUCAUCUGAAGUUAGUACAGCUUUGAGAAUUACUGAUGGUGCAGUGCUGAUUGUUGAUGCUGCUGAAGGUUGUAGAGGUCAAACUGAAACAGUAAUUAGACAAUCUCUUCAAGAAAGAAUUCGUCCAGUUCUCUUCAUUAACAAGGUUGACCGUUUGAUUGAAGAAAUGCAAUUUACUGAAGAAGAAAGUUAUCAAAACUUUUUAAGAAUUAUCGAGUCUGUGAAUGCUCUAUUAUCAACUUACUCUGAUGAGUCAGUUUCUGUUGAUCCAGUUGAUUGUAACAUUGCUUUUGGAUCAGGUAAGAUGGGUUGGGCUUUCACUUUGGAGCAAUUCGCUCAAUUAUAUAGCAAGAAGUUUAAACUUCCAGUUGAGAAGGUUAUUAACAAAUUGUGGGGUGAAAAUUAUUAUGAUCACUCAACUAAGAAGUUUACCACUGAACCUUAUUCAUCGACAAGUGGUCAACAAUUGAAACAUACUUUCUGUGAAUUCAUUUUAGAACCUAUUUUCAAGAUUUUCAAGUUGGUUAGAGAACAUACAAUUUCGAGUGAAGGUAUUUUGUCAACAGAUUUGGAAAAUAUCAUUGGUGCAUUGUCUAUACCUCUGACGAAAGAAGAAAAGAGAAAGGAGCCGAAACUUUUAGCUAAAUCAAUCAUGAGAAAGUUCCUCCCAGCUCACAAACCUCUAGUUCAAAUGAUUAUCAACCAUUUACCUUCUCCUAAAGAGGCUCAAAAGGUCAGGUAUGAUAACCUCUACACUGGUGAAGAUUUGACAGAUCCAUACGCUACUGGUAUUAAGGAAUGUGAUCCAAAUGCACCACUGGUUGUCUAUGUCAGUAAGAUGGUACCUAUGCACUCUAAUACUAGCUCUAGUAUGAGUAAUAAUGUUGGUCGUUUUAUUGCUCUAGCUCGUAUAUUCUCUGGUAGUUUGACUCAAUCAACUAAGGUGAGAAUUUUGGGUCCUAACUAUGAUCCAAUUGCUAAGAAAGAUGUUUUCCAUACAAGCAUUCAAAGAUUGUUAGUCAUGGUUGGUAAAAACACUGAAAGUAUCACUCAAGCUUCUUGUGGUGCCAUCGUCGGUAUUGUUGGUCUUGACAAGUACAUUAUCAAAUCAUGUACAUUGACAGAAGAAGGACAAGUUGCAUGUAUGCCAAUUAAGAAUAUGAAAUACUCUGUGAGUCCUGUAGUUCAAAUGGGAGUUGAGCCAGUCAAUCCAGCUGAUUUAUCUCGAUUUGUUGAAGGUUUGAAACGUCUCGUUCAAAGUGAUCCUCUAUUGGAAUGUAAGCAAAAUGAUAGUGGUCAACAUAUUCUUGGAACAGCAGGUGAAUUGCAUUUGGAAAUUUGUUUAAAGAAUUUAGAAGAAGAAUAUGCAAGAGGAAUUCAAAUUAAAAAGUCUCCUCCUGUUGUCACUUUCCACGAAACAGUUUCAAAUAAGAAUGGUGACAUGGUCAUGGCAAGAAGUGCUAACGGCCACAAUCGUUUAUACAUGCAAGCUGAACCAAUCAGUGAGGAAUUAAUUGAAAUGAUUAAGGAAGGUCAAUUGCCAAUGGAUGAUCAAAAUAAGAGAGCAAAGAUUUUAGAAAUUGACUUUGAAUGGGAUCCUAGUAUAACAAAGAGAAUUUGGAGUUUUGGACCUGAAGCUGAUAAGGGUAGUAACAUUUUGGUAAAUGCAACCAAGUCAGUUGACUAUAUUAAUGAAAUUCAACAAUAUGUGGUCACUAGCUUCCAACAAAGCAGUUCUUCAGGAGGUUUAUGUGACGAAGCAAUGAGAGGUGUUUUAUUCAAAUUUAAUGAUUGUAAUCUUCAUGCAGAUUCUAUCCAUCGUGGAGCUGGUCAAAUUCUCCAAGCAACAUCUCGUGUCAUGACUGCUAGUCAAUUGAGAGCUGAUCCAAAGUUAGUUGAACCAAUGUAUCUUGUUGAAGUUCAAUGUCCUCAAUCAGUGAUGGGUUCUGUCUAUAGUGUCAUUUCUAAUAGAAGAGGUGUUAUCAAAUCUACUGAAAUGGUAAUUGGUACUCCUCUCGUUAGUAUAACUGGUAAUUUACCUGUGUUGGAAAGUUUCGGUUUAACAGAAGAGUUGAGAGGUGUUACUCAAGGACAAGCUUUCCCUCAAUGUAGUUUCAGUCACUGGAAAGUUAUGGAAGACAAUGUUUAUGAUCCUCAAUCUAAAGUUCACAAACUCAUCAAAUCUAUCAGAAAGAGAAAGGGUCUUAAGGAAGAUAUCCCACUCUACACAGAUUACUGUGAUACAAUGCCUAAACAAUAAGAGUUUUAACAUUUAGUAAUAAAUUACCUUUUUCUCC